AUGUUAUCUGGUUUGACAGAGGCUCAUCGCAUAGACACUUAUCUUGGGCUGCCUUCUUUUGUUGGAAAAUCCAAAAUUCAAGCUUUCAAUAAUAUUAAGAAGAAGGUGUCGCAAAGGCUCAACAACUGGAAAAUGAAGUUCUUAUCCCGUGCAAGCAAAGAGGUACUGCUGAAGGCGGUUGUUCAGGCUAUUCCAACAUACAACAUCGCUUUGAUAGAUCAAGAUUUGAAGGGCCUGAAUUUAGACCUAAUCAAGGAAAUGUUCUCAGAAGAUGAAGCUAAGAUUCAUUCCAGGCUCCGUCAUCGCCUGUCAACUCCACACUGUCCGUCGACUCUGUCCAUCUGUCCGUCGAUUUUUAGGACCCCAAGACAAAUUAGUAAUUCAUUUCAAUUUUACAAGAAAAUGGCUAUGUUCCAAGCAUGUUGGGGCUCUCUGGUUGGAAAAACAUUGGCAGUUAUGAGAUUUGGAAAACUGGGAUCUGAAGUGGCGAGGCGUGCGAAAGGGUUGGGUAUGCAUGUGAUUGCACAUGAUCCAUAUGCACCGAUGGACAAAGCCCAUGCUCUAGGUGUGGAAUUGGUACAUUUUAAUCAAGUCAUCUCUAUAGUGGAUUUCAUCUCUCCCCACAUGCCACUCACUCCUGCUAUUUCAAAGGUCUUCAAUGAUGAAACUUUUGCCAAUAUGAAGAAAGGAGUCUGUAUCAUCAAUGUUGGCAGAGGCGGAGUUAUAAAUGAAGAUGUGCUUCUGAGGGCCCUCGACAGUGGCAUUGUUGCUCAGGUAUAUUAA